UGUAAUGGUUUCGUCCAGUCAGUGCGGAUACCAGCAGCAUGGCAGCGCAAGAAAAAUAAUGAAACGCUCUUCUGAGUUUUUUGUUUGUUUCUUUUAAUAGUUUAUUAGUUAACGACCCACAACAACCCCAAAUUAGACGAACGCUACGUUAGAACACCCGAAGAAACCCAAAACCGAAUCCGUGUGGGAAAAUGCCUCACCGAAAGAAGAAGUCAUUCAUUGAGAAGAAGAAGGCGGUGACCUUUCACCUGGUCCACAGGAGUCAGAGGGACCCCCUGGUCGCCGAUGAGACGGCUCCACAGCACAUCCUCCUGCCCGCCGCCAAGGUGGAGGCGGAGAGGCGGCAAGAGGAGCAGAGGAAAUACGGUGUCUUUUUUGACGACGACUACGACUACCUGCAGCACCUGAAGGAGGCGUCCCACCAAACUGAGCUGGUGGCUGCUGACUCCUCCGGCCAUUUUCACCUCCGUGAUGAUGGGGAGCAGGACGAUGGAGAGGAAGUUGACAUGGACAACGUCAUACCUGGUGCUAGAAUCAAGCUGCCAUCGUCAGUGUUCGCCUCUGAUUUCGAAGAAGAUGUCGGACUUCUUAACAAGGCAGCGCCGAUCUCAGGACCACGUCUGGACCUGGACCCGGACAUUGUGGCCGCUCUCGACUUGGACUUUGACUACGAAGACCCCGAAAACGAGCUGGAAGAUGACUUCAUCGUCAAAGCUAACCGUGCGUGCGGCACCAUCGAGCCCAGAGGCGAUGGUGAUGAAGAGGAUGAGUGGGAGGACACAGACGACAAAGGCGAUUUCGGCUCAGAGAGCGGGCUGUCAGAAGACGGCGGACCUCGUGAGUUCCUCUUCUCAGACGUAGAGACGAAGAGUCGCUUCACCGAGUACUCGAUGACCUCGUCGGUGAUUAGGAGGAACGAGCAGCUCACCCUGCUGGACGACCGCUUUGAGAAGAUUUACGAACAGUACGAUGACGAUGAGAUCGGCGCCCUGGACAACACGGAGCUGGAAGGCUUCAUCCAGCUGGACAGCGCUCGACUGGAGGAAGUCAUCAAAGACUACUUUGUCCAGAAAGACAAAGACUCGCUGAGGCCUGAUGACUUGGGCCCGAAAGAACUUCCUGUCUUACAAGAGGAGGAAGAUGAUGACGACGACGAGGUGGAGGAGAUGGAAACGUUGCUGAUCAAGGAGCCAGAAGAGAAAUGGGACUGCGAGACCAUCAUUAGCACCUACUCCAACAUCCACAACAGACCCAAAGUCAUCGACCAUCCUCCAAAGGUGAAGCCCAUCCGCGUGUCCAACAGAAGCGGCGUUCCCCUGGACGUCCUCCCCGCCAGAGGGCCCACCAGCAAGCAGGCCGAGCGCAUGAGCAGGAUCAACGACUCUGACCUGCCUCGCGUCUCCACUCAGGCCCGCCACAAGGACGAGGGCACGGAGGAGAGGAAAGCCCGGAAGCAGGCCAUCAAGGGGGAGCGCAAGGAAAGGCGAGUGGAGAAGAAGGCCAACAAGACGGCGUUCAAGGAGGAAAAGGCGCGUCAGGAGAAGCAGAUGUUGAACCUGAGGAACAACAUCCAGGGUCUCAAACUGUCGUAAAAACAUCUCAGAUGUUGUCAAAAGUUGGACUGGAUCACGACUCCCACCCGGCAUUGCCCCGAAGACGUGAUGCUGGUUUCGAAAUCGCUUUGGUUUUUUUUAUGUUAUGUUGGUUCAGCUGCUCGGCAUCGGAACCAAUCCCAGAGCUCAAACCACGCAAAUAAAAAUGUUUAUUUCAGUAACACGAACUAACAAUCUCCUGCUGAGGGAACCCGUUUUUCCAGUCGGUGGGUCACCGUAGCAACGGCGUCACGUAGGCGUGAUGCUGAAUCACGGUACAUUCCUUAAAGGGGAGAGGCGUGGCUCAUCAGAAGACAAAAGUCUUGGGACGUCCAUCGAACUGACAGCUUGUCCAUCUCAAGUUCCACACGAUGGAGGUCUGUCUUCUACCUCUCGGUGUAACCCCAAGCUGUGGCUCCAUCACCCAGGUCCACUUGCACCUCCACAUGCGUGCAAUCAUAAGCAGACUCCCCUUCCUCCUCCUCCUCCACCUCCUCCACCUCCUGCUCCUCCUCCUCUGGAUGGAUGGGAAUGCUUUCCGUUGCCGUAGACUCGCAUGAGGAGUCCUCACCACACCGGGAGAUCAACCGGACGUCUUCCACACCAGAGACCAUUUCCACCCUGCAGUCGGCGUCCAUGUUGCACUCGCCUUUCGACAAAAUGCGGCCUGAUCGCUGUGAGAAGAUGUCGGAUGUUUGUUUUGUUUCUUCACAAAAGCGUGUCGCUGUGCGUAUCCAUGCAUGGAGAUGGUCUUACCAGGCUUUUUGGAAGCUCAUCUUUGUUGAUCUUCAUGGUCCACGCCCUCAGCUUCCAGAUGGCGAGGGCCAACCCGGUGAUGAUGAUGAAUAAGAACGUCAGCAGGAGAGCCAGCAUCAUUGGCUCUAAAGCUGACACACACACACACACACACACAGUGAGUCACAAUGGUGCUCAAUGACACUAACACUGCAGGACACUCACCAGACUCGUCCACACACACGGGUUCCGUCUUCUGGAACGCAACAUAGCGUCCGGCCCGGUCGCUCAUGGCGCCCGUCAGCGUGACGCAAUGGUCCGCUCCGUCUGGGAACAACAUAUCUACUCUGCACGUCUUCUGUUCAAUUUGACAGGAACCUCGGACGUCCCCCUGAGACUGAAAGGAGGACCGUGGUAACGUUUGAUGGCGGCGGUUACUACAGCGAAUGAUGGAAUCCGUCUUACGCCAUGCGGGGACACGCUGAAGUCCAAACUGACAGCCGACAUCCUGGUGGCCUGUCUCAGUUCCGGGUAAUAACGCAGCGGAUUCGGGAAGGUCACGACUGUCCCCGAGUCGUCCGCCCUUACGUGCACGGGAGGGAAGUCCAACUGGCCUGCAAACGGAGCAGCGUCACUCACAUGGGAGCAAAAGGGCGGGGGGAGGAAGGCGUACGCGUCACUCACACGUCACGUCGGCCAUCUUCAAGUGGUUGAAGGUAAACGUCUUGGACACGUUGGCGGAGAAACGUCGGCCCCGCGCCGCCGUCAGCGUGACGUAAUGGACGUCCAUGACGCUCUCCAGCGAGUCCCACACCAGGGCGCUCACGUUGUCGUACUUGUGCUCUGCCGUUACGUCCUCCAGGUGGCGUCUAAAGACGGGAGUCGGACACACGGGACAC